CCCCGCAGCGACAGCACUCCCGGGCGGGCGCGAGUGAGCCAGGCGCUGCCAGCUCCGACCUGGCGGCGCCAGCAGCUUCACGUGAGCCCGCGUCGGGGUCUCGCACUGCCAGCUCAAGGCAGGCGCAGGUUGAAUCCUCCGUCUCCGCCACCGCGACGCAGAACCCGGCCGCGGGGGCGGCCCAUGUCACCUCGACCGACGUGCAGAACAUGAACAAGACAGAGUUGCGUGCGCUGGCGGCCUCGUUGGAGUCGCAGCUAGGGGAUCGCACCCGCGACAAGAUCCGCGACAAGCGCCCUCGGCGCGCAUCCCGCAAGAAGCUGGCGGCUGCCAAGCGGGGCAAGAAACGAUAUCAAGAGGACUUCGCAGAGAGAGCAAAGCGCAAGCAUCGAGUGUUGAAAUCCCGCAGGGAGGCGCCCCGCGCGAAUCGGGGGCGGGCGAUGCCGAAGAGCGCCAGGGCAGAGCGCGCUGGCGUCCUCGGCAGGGAGGGCAGCUGGAAGCGGACGGCGGAAGAGUCUGCCAGGCUCUGCCAGCAGAACGGCCCCAGUCACUUACCGCCGCUUUACGCGGGGCUGGACCACGAACACCAGCGGAGGCUGACCUCGCAAAUGCGCGGGCGGCGCGCGCGGUAUGAUUUGCCUGCCGAGUGCGAGUUCUCGCGCGCGCAGCAGGGACUCAGGGCGCAGCAGGCUCAGUGGUUCGACUCGGGCGCGAGCGUCAUCACAAGGGCCGGCAAGAAAAGCCGCGUGAACCAGUGGCGCCUGGAAGCAGCCGGGUCGGUGGGGGAAGCGCAGUGCUACCUAGCGGCAAACUGCCCUUCAGGGGAGUGCGAGAGCAUCGCCCGCAGACUGCGCGACCCGGAGAGAAAGAGGAUCAUCACGAUUUGCGGUGGAUGUCACAUGCACGUCGGCGAAGAUCACGUUCUCCCGCCCCCCGCCGGCGAGAUGCGCAUGUGCGAUUUCGUGGUGGGCCCGGUUUGGCGCGCCCCGAGGGGCGAUGGGCCCGCGAUCGCGCGCGGGCGCUUCGAUGGCGUUCCCCCGCCAGGCCCUGCCAGCGAGGCGGGGUUCUCGAGAGUGCUCGGUUUCAGCGCGGGCGAGUUCGUGCACCCAGUGGCCGCACUUUCGGACCACGAGGUCAGCAAGUUCCUCAAGAGUCUGCCGGUCAUGCCUGCGGACAUGCCUGUGGCGCACGUUCGCCCCCGUGCGCUAGGCUCUGCCGGCGCCAAGGGAAAGUCGGCGGGCCGGGCCAUAUUCAAAGUCGACAUCUCCAAACUCAAGGCUGCCUUUUUAUCGUUGAAGGCGAACAACCCAUAUCAUGCGGAAGUUGAGUGGCGGGGCGACGCCGCCGAGGCGUGGGCCGGCGACGACGUGGAGGUGGGCGCGGCGCGCGAGGCCGACAGCGACGCCUCCCAUGUCCCUCCGGUCACUCCGACAUGUUUCGCCAGGUGGAUGGAGCACGGCCGAACUGAAGCUGUCGCCGGUGACUUCGGGCAUGCGAUCGGGAACCGACUGCGGAAAGUCAUCUCGGACGGGGGCUGCGAUGACGAGGGCCCAGGCCCCGCCGGCGCCGCAGGCUCUCGCGCGCGGGCGGAGGUCCGGCGCCUCGUAGCAGGUGCGUCCGGGAAGAACGUCUUUCGCAUGGCCACCGCGCUUCCGCAGGAUAUCCUCGCCGUGGCCUUGGCCGCGCGGGGCCUCCUAGACCUGGGUUUACCUCGGGGCGAGGACGCCACAGACACGCUCUGGGCACUCCGGCCCCUCGACACAAACGAGUGCCCGGUGGGCCUCCACGUGUUCCGCGCCGAGCUGCCCAGAGGGUCGCCCAGCGCAAGAAUUAAGCGAUUCCCGGAAAAAUUAAGCUAA